AUGGCCACGCAGCACCCCAUGGCAAUUCCGAACCGCAACGGCCUCUCCCAUCCUCUCCGCCACGAGGUUUCUCACGAGUCAGUGAGAAGCCAUACACAAGCGGGCCCAGCCGACGUGCGCCCAGCCGAGACCCAGUCGAGUGUCCAUCAUGCCCCUCAGGCUUCUUCAUCCGACCACCACCCACCCCUCGCACAGCGAAUUGCGUCUACCUUGCGACGGUCGAGCAGCGCUGCUCUUCUACUGCAAGAAAGACAGCCAGAGGAAACGGCUAUCAGACCUUCACAACCCUGGAUCACUGGCCCGUCGCGAUGUUCAUCUAGUCCCUCGAGCUCGAUCGACAGCCAGCCAUCUACAGCUACUUCACGCCCUUCGAACGUAUCGGGCCGCGCAAGUCUCUCACACUCCGCCGGCUCACACGAGUGGACCCCUGCUGCUAAUUCAGAAAACUCAUACCACGAUCCAAAUCGCAGACGCCAAGACAGCCGUUCUGCAAACGUCUACACAGACUCAGGGCACGGUAGCGCGGACUCGGACGCGUUCGAGAGCGAAGAGGUAAACCUGACCGCGCUGAGACGCAUCGUCGAGAAGAUGGAACAGCGAGAAGCGCAAUUCAUAAAGCGCAAUGGGCGGAAGCUUCACCGAUACCCAGCCAGCGCGGUGCCGUACCCGCGAAGCUACGAUCGCACAGUCGUGGACCACGAUGUGUGGUGUAUGAUGUGGUCGCAACAGCUCUCUGGGAAGGUCGCGUGGCACUUGUUCAACACGCCACCGCAAAGAUUUGGAUCUUGGAUGCGGCAAGUUAUACAUGAUAUUGCAUCUCAUUUCUUCCUGAACGCAACUGCGUCUUUAGGGACAGGCACUUGGAUUCUAGAUGCAGCCAAAUCGUGGAAGGACGCUCACUUCGUCGGUUUGGACGUUGUCCCUCUUCAUCCGAACCUUGAAGAGAUCGACCCAAUACUAGCGUGGCGAGUCACAUGGGUCCAAGCGAACUUUCUUGAACGCCUACCCUUCGACGAUGGGGAAUUCGACUUCGUUCACGUACGGCGAGUAGCACGAGGUAUUCCAGAAGACAAGUGGGACCAUGUACUUGAGGAAAUAUCGCGCAUAAUGAAACCCGGCGGCGCAGUCGAAUUAACAGAAGAAGAUAUAUCCUUUCCCGGAAUUCGUCAGCAAACUCCUGUGAAGAGUGACGACGCCCCCACAAGCAAUACACCAGACCAACAGCCAUCUACGAUGGGCUCCCCGCUUGCACGGCCGCGCGCUCCCACACCGUCAUCCAUGACAAGCUACGAACAAAAUAUACCCUUAUCCGCGAUACCCAGUAUACCGCAAAGCACGUCCAGCAAGUCGGCUGCAGGUUCCAAGAUGUCGCCGAACGAUCUCUCGCAUAAUGUGCCUGACGAGCCUCCCAUCAACCCGCAUGACCACUCGCUUCUAGAAUUCAUCUACAACGAGAUGCAUGCGGCCAAGUUUAUCAACCUCGCACCGCUGUCACUGCUGAGCAAUAUGUUGCCUUUGUACUUCCAAGGGGUACGCACACACCCUCCGCUGGUAGUCAUGUUCCCCCCUCCGCCCCACGAAUCCUGCAACCUCGGCACUGUGCCUGACCCCGCACCGCCUCCCCUAACAACCAGCUACGCCAUUCCCUCACAAGACAAGGUGUCGCCGUCCGAGGGUGGGUCUGAACCGGCGGACGACCUGAUGAGCUCGGAGACCAUCGCUGUGCGACUCGAGCGGCUCGAUCUCACACGGAUCAACCCAAGCGCAGACGGAAAGACGCCCUUCGUGUCCGUCCCGCAGCUUGUCUCCGGCGCUGCCAAGUACCUCAGUGCGGACAUGGCGCGGUAUACCGCGUAUGCGCCACGGUCGCUUUUCCAGCCGAACAAAUUCCAGCAGAAAGGACCGGCGCCGCCCCUGCCUAAGGGCGCGAAAGGCGGCGACUCGCAGAAUGGCGGGGACGCUAAGGAAACGUGGGGUGAGGAACGCCUCCCCAUCACCGCAGUCAAGUGUGAUACCAGGACGCUCAAUCUGCACCUAAGCGUAAGGGUGCAGGAGGUGCUUGCCUGCGCAGAGGCGAUGUGGGACUUCGUGGAGGCGUACCAGGAGAGGGCGGGAGUGGAUCUGACGUGGGGCAAGGCUUCGUCGAUGACAUCUUCAUCCACGGGAUCGGACGCCUCGAACAUGGCGCCUCGGAGGCCGGUGCAAAAGACCACCAGGAAUCCCAAGUGGAAGCAGCUACUGGGUUUGCAGAGGUCGCACUUCGACGCACUGCUUAUGCGCUUCAAAUUUGACAUGGAGGACUGCUUGGGCUUCGACGCAGUACUGGAAGACCGCCUCGGAUGGAACCCAGUGUCCCUCUCGCGCAGCGAGGAACGCAUGGAAUUCGACGCCAUGUGCGAUGCCUGGGCGGACCACCAAGAGGUGCUUGCUAGAUCGCGUACGUCUAGCGGCAAGGACAGCGUACCCCGGUUGAGCACGCCGCCCCUCACACGUUCCUCGUUGUCGAUGGAGCCUCACACCUUUCGGACUAGCGAAGGUCAGGACACAUUGCGGGGACCGAAGUCAGGCGCAUAUCCUGCGCUGCAGAAAGUACGCGAGUCGGGCGACGUGAGGUACUCCCAGGGCGAGUCGUUCACCAGCAGGCCCCGCCGUCAGCAGCCCAUCCCGCCACACGAGCGCCUGAGUAGGACGAUACGCUCGUUCGUAGCGUUCAAGCCGUAA